AUGCAUUUUGAUGGUUGGGGAGUGAAAGCGAACUAUUGCUUUUCCGGGGAAAAAUUAGAAAGCCAAAUCGGAGAAAAAAAGUCGAAAGUCUUUCUCUUGCGAUUCAUGUCUCCGACGACAGCUUCUCGAUCACUUAGCUUUUCGCUUUACGCCACCUUUAAUUGUGCUCCGAUUUCUCCACCAAUCGGAAUCAUACCCUUACUGAAUUCCUGCAACAGAUUCUACAGUCUAUCACUCUCGAGCUCUUCCUCUCUUCCUUCUUCUUCGAUCGGCCCGGAAAAUCUAGUUUUCCCAUCAAGGAAGCAGUCUCUCUCCGUAAAGGUCAGAGCGUUAGCUGCUGAAACCGAACAGCCAAAAUGGUGGGAGAAGAAAGCAGGGCCAAACAUGAUUGACAUUACCUCUGCAGAACAGUUUCUGAACGCUUUAAAAGAUGCUGGAGAUAGAUUAGUUAUCGUUGAUUUUUAUGGGACUUGGUGUGGUUCUUGCCGAGCAAUGUUCCCAAAGCUCUGCAAAACAGCGGAAGCACACCCUGAAAUCUUGUUUCUUAAAGUAAACUUUGACGAGAACAAGUCACUCUGCAAAAGCUUGAACGUCAAGGUGUUACCAUACUUCCAUUUCUACCGCGGUGCUGAUGGCCAAGUCGAAUCCUUCUCGUGCUCUCUUGCCAAGUUCCAGAAACUGAGAGACGCUAUAGAGAGACAUAAUGUACGAAUUAGUAGUGACCAUUCUUCUUCGGCUUCUGAGAAAGUUGAAGACUCAAGCGUAUAAUCAAUGUCUGGAUCUGAUUGAACAGUUUAUCUAUUUGAUUGCUUCCCUUGCUUCCCUGUACAUAUAGCAUCAUAGGUCAAGGUUGUGUACAAAAGUUUAAGUCUAAUUGCUGCUGAACUCAUUUUUAUUAUUGGGUUAUAUAACACAAAUUCAUCUUAAUCACCGUAUUAGAGAUAGUUUCUGAUAUUAGCCAAUCUAAAAAAUUGCGGGUUUUCUCGUAUUA